UUAAUGUAAAUUUCGAUUAGGGUAAGCCAAUUUUUCCAUUGAUUUGUUGUUGAUCUGACACGAAGAGAUGAAGCUCGGUUUUCCAGAUAUUUCCUUUUUUAUUUCAGUUUUAUUAUAUUUCAACAAACAUAUAUUGUGUGAAAGUAGUGAAAAAGUUCUAUUGGACCUAUCUGACUCAUCUGAUGUAUCAAGUCAGGUCAAGCAAUUUGCAAGUAUUAUUACUGAGUCUUUGGAGGAAGUGGAGAAUCAUUUGAGGGAAGAUGGAGUAGCUAAAGUCACCUAUGAAAUAAAACCUCCUCGUAACGCCAACAGCAGUCUGAGCACGAUUUUGAUGAAAACAUUGAAAGAAACUAUUGCUAAGGUUGCCCCAUCCUUGCAGUAUACAAUAACUUCUGGAUUUGUUUCAGAAUUGAAUGAGGAUGAUCAUGAGAUCAAACUGCUCGAAUAUGAUGCGACUUUUACAAAAAAUGAAAAUGCUGAUCGAAAGCAAGUACUUGAUGCCAGCACUUAUAGAAUGGACAAGGACAGUUUGAACAUCGUGUUCGGACAGAAUCCUGAAGCUUAUAAUAUGAAUAUUCGAUUUCCACCAAACACAGAUAACGAUUUGGCUUCGAAAGUACGAAAAGCUUUGAACGAUUUGUUGCUAAAAAGACAGAAAUUAGCAAACGAAAGAAAACUUAAUAACACACCUCGUGUAUACACACACAGGUAUACACCGGAAAACAAAGUCAAGCAAGUAGCCACGAGUUUCAAAACAACUGAAUUUCCAGGGAAUAGAAAAAAAUCUGAAAUACCUGAAUCAACAGAAACCUAUCAAAAUGUUUAUCAGAAUAGCCCAAGUGAGUCAGAAAUAUUAGAAUCAACAGAAAUAGUAGGCGACGAAAAUGAUUAUCAAUAUUCCAGUAGUCAAAAGGAAAUAACUCGGGAUGAUGAGUUGUCAGCAAGAGCAAAUCGUCAAUUUGAAGAUCAGAAUUCGAGUAGUGAACAGGAAACAACUCAAGAUAAGAAGUUAUUAGCAAACGCAAAUCGCUCAGUCGAUCAUCAGUAUUCGAAGCGUAAGCAGAUAAUAUUUAGAGAUGGAAGGUUACGUUCAAGAACAAACCGUCGAUUAGAUGAUCAGUAUUCAAGUGGGGAGCAGGAAACAACUCAAGAUGAUAAGCUAACAGCAAGAGAAAAACACCGAUUCAAUGAUCAUAAUACAAAGCGCCAGCAGAAAAUAACUAGAGAUGGAAGGCAACCAGCACGAUCAAAUCAUCCAAAAAAUGUUCAGUAUAAAACAUUCAAAUCAACUAGAGGUGGUAGAAUACCAGUUAUACCAAAUCGAUUAAAUAAUCAGUAUUCAAGUGGGAAACAGAAAACAACACAAGAUGAGAAGCUACGAGCAAGUGAAAAACACCCAAUCUCUGAUCAACAAUCAAAGCGAAUGCAGAAAACAACUAGAGGUGGAAGGCUACCAGCAAGAGCUGAUAGUCCAUUAGAUGAACCGUAUCCUAGUGUUCAGCAGGCAAAAAAUCAAGAUGAAAAUCUACCAGCAAGAGAAAAACAACCAAUCUAUGAUCAGAAAUCAAAGCGUAGGCAGAAAGCAUCUAGAGGUGGAAGACUACCAGCAAGAGCUUAUAGUCCAUUACAUGAACCGUAUCUUAGCGUUCAGCAGGCAAACAAUCAAGAUGAAAAUCUACCAGCAAGAGAAAAACAACCAAUCUAUGAUCAGAAAUCAAAGCGUAGGCAGAAAGCAUCUAGAGGUGGAAGACUACCAGCAAGAUCUGAUAGUCCAUUAGAUGAACCGUAUCCUAUUGUUCAGCAGGCAAAAAAUCAAGAUGAAAAUUUACCAGCAAGAGAAAAACAACCAAUCUAUGAUCAGAAAUCAAAGCGUAGGCAGAAAACAACUGGAGGAGGAAGGUUUUCAGCAAGAUCAGAUGGUCCCUUGUAUGAACCAUAUUCUAGUGUUGAGCAGGAAAUAAAUUCAGAUGAAAGUUCACAAGAAAGUCCAAAUCAUCUAAUCGAUGAUCAGUACUCGAAGCUUCAGUCUGAAACAAAUCGUCGUGUAGGAUCACCACCAAGAUCAGAUGAUCCGUUGGAUGAAUCGUAUUCUAGUGUUCAGCAGGAAACAAAUCCAGAUGAAAGUUUAACAGCUAGAAGAAAUUCUCCUUAUGAUUAUAAAUAUUCAAAGCGACCAACAAGAUAUUAUCGUAAAUUCAGUGAUCAGUAUUCAAGAGGUCAACAGGACAAAAGACCUGUUGGACGGUCGUCAAAAGUAAAUGGUAUAAUUAAUGAAAUAGAUUCCCCAUCUGCUGAAUUGAAUAGCACACAGAGCGAUGAGUUAUCGAAAGAAUUAAAUCAAGACAACAACAACAAACCAGUCAAAGAUGAAGAUAUAUCAGCAGGAUCAAAUCCUCCAUAUUCUGAUGAAAUUUUAGAGAAUGAGUUACAAAACGCUGAAAAAGAGCUCGAAGCUCAGAAUUCAAAGGUUACAAGGGAAGAAACUCAAAGAGAUAUAUCACCAGAGUCAAUUCCUCAAUAUUCUAAUCAAAUUUUAGAGAGUGAUUUGGAAACCACUUUAGGUGAGAAGCGAUCAGGAGGAUCAAAUCCUUCACUUGGCUCUCAGGAUUCGAAGUAUAAAAUGAAAAAAAUUCAAGGUGAUAAUACAUCAAUGGAAUCAGCUUCUACAUUAGGUGAUCAAAAUUCGAAAGAUGAACUAGAAAGCUUCCAAGGUGUUGGGAAAUCAGCAGGAUCAAAGCCUCCAUUUGAUUCAAACAAUGACAUGGAAACAACCCAAGGUUAUAUGCCAGUUGCAACACCAAAGACUCUUCUUGAAGAUCAGAAAUCAAAUGGUGUAAUGGUAUCAACACAAGCAGCCGGCUCAUCAGUAACAGAAAUGUCUUCACUUGAGGAUCAAUAUUCAGAAGAUUUAUCGAAUUCAAAUAGAAUUUCUUCGAGACCAAUCCAGAUAUCAAAUUCCAAUUCUUCUUUAAAAGAACCAAUUAUCACCGAAUUUAUACGUCAAAUGAAAGAAUGGAAGAAAAAAGGCCCUAACACUAUUUUGCUCACCUUCAACAUGAAAAAACACACACUGACCAACACAGAAAUGGACCAAAUAGUUGAAGACAUUUAUUUAGAUUUGGUGGACAUCGAACCAAAAUGUCAUAUUCAUCCAGCCCACUUCAAGCUUAUCAACAAUACGGAAAUUUCAAUCGAAGUGAUGGUAGAUCUGCCCCCCGAAAAAGAAAUAUUUAAGAUGCUGGAGAGAUUCCCAAAUGUUGAGAAUAAUUCUGUUGAACUUGUAUCCAGAAAAGGCAUAGACGUUGACUAUUUGUACUCUAGAAUCGAGGAAAUCAUGGAAUACAAACUUUUUAUGGCAAGAACAGCGAAUAGUGGGCAAAGAAUAUUCUUGGAAUUACCAUUCAAAUUGAAGAGCAAAUUGGGAAGAAGCAAUAGGAAAUUCUUUGUUAUACUCCUUCAUGAAAUGACUCAAUAUUUCAACAAUAUACCAGGCGUUAAAUUUGAAAAUUACAAAUUGAUUGAUGGCAAUGACUUCAAAUUUAAACUUCUGGUGGUUAAGAUUUCCAUGAGAUACUCUUAUACGCAAGCACAUGAGGGUUUAGCAGCAGUUCCAGAGAAGCAGGGUGAGAAGAAGAGAUGGAAUAAAGAGCUGGGACGUAUUUGGACUAUCUUCUGAUUCAGCGAAUUUAGUUUUUGCGUCGUUAUUUGAAGUGUAAUUCUGAAAAUAAAAUAGUUCUAAUUU